AUGUCCACAGCCACAGUCAAGACAAGAACAAUCUACCACUUCCUAGAGCCAACCUUCAUCGAGAAUAUCGUCAUCAGACCUAAUGGACAUCUCCUCCUCACAACCUUCCGGGAAGGCUCGGUCUACAAUCUCGACCCCAAUGCCGCCUCGCCAGAACCAGAACUAGUCGCUAAACUGCCUGGAACCACUGCUCUUACUGGCAUCGUCCAGAUCGAGUAUGACACCUACGCAGUCACAGGCGGUAUCAAAGCUGGUUCGAUGAAGUUCGAAAAGAGCACCAUGAAAGUCUUUGAUCGACUCUUGGGUUUGAGCGAAUUAGCUAGCAAGGGACCCUUGGGUGCCAACGGUGCAAAAGUCAGAGAUGGGUACUUUUACUUCACCAACUCGGCGCAGGAGCUCUUUUGCAAGGUCAAGGUUGACAGCCAGGGGGACACGACGGGUGAUAUCGAGAUCGUGACCCACAAUGAAGAAGCAAAGCACAACAUGCCCUACGAUGACUUCGACUUCGACUCCGAAGGCAAUGCUUGGAUCACUGUCCAUUCCGAGUCGAUAUAUCGCAUUGAUCCUGGAGGGCGACAGACACUAUUCAUUGGUGGUGAUGGGUCGCCUCUGCAAGGACCGACUUCACUCGCGGUCAGCAAAGAUGACACGAAACUGUACGUUGCCUGUGCGGGGAAUAUGGGGAAAUGGCGCGGAAGUGUUGUGGAAGUACAUCUUCCUUGA